AUGCUCCCCGCGCAGGAAGCUGCCAGGAUCUACCACACCAACUACGUGCGUAACGCGCGUGCCGUGGGCGUGCUGUGGACCGUCUUCACCAUCACCUUCGCCGUGAUCACCGUGGUGGUCUUCAUCCAGCCCUACUGGAUCGGGGACAGCGUCAACACGCCGCAGGCCGGGUACUUCGGCCUCUUCCACUACUGCAUCGGGAACGCGCUCACCUCGGAGCUCACGUGCAAAGGGAGCGCGCUGGACUUCGGCUCCAUCCCGUCCGGCGCCUUCAAGACGGCCAUGUUCUUCGUGGGGAUCUCCAUGCUGCUGGUGGUGGGCAGCAUCGUGUGCUUCAGCCUCUUCUUCUUCUGCAACGCGGGCAGCGUCUACAAGAUAUGCGCCUGGAUGCAGCUGGCCUCCAGUACCUGCAUGGUGAUCGGCUGCAUGAUCUAUCCUGACGGCUGGGACUCGGACGAGGUGAAGCGCAUGUGUGGCCAGCGGACUGACAAAUACACCCUGGGCAACUGCACGGUGCGCUGGGCCUACAUCCUGGCCAUCAUCAGCAUCAUGGACUCGCUCAUCCUCUCCUUCGUGGCCUUCAGCCUGGGCAGCCGGCAGGACAAGCUGCUGCCCGAGGACUUCCAGGUGGAGGAGAAAGAUAAUGCCUGAAUUACUGGAGAAUGUCAGAGUGAGACUCUUCACAAUGGGUGUGGCUGACUGGAGAGGAUUGAAGCUGAAAACAACUUCCAAGAUUGUCUCUGGCAGUCGAGAGAGAAAAGAUCACCUCGUCCUCAAAACAGAGGCUUUGCUGACCACAGCUCAACACUAUCAGCAGUGAAAACUUUUUUACAUAAACACUCAUUGUAAUUCUCAGUAAAA